CCAACGAGUUUGGACGCAUAAAUUAUAUCGCAUCGUCCGUGGAAUUUUUGUCGCACAAACAACAGAAUGUCAUCCGCCGCCGUUCAGCCACCCCCACCCGUUCCCCCACCACCCCCAACAGCCGCCGCCUCCGCCGGAAAGGGUCUCCACUCCAAGUUGUACAAUGGGAUGAUUGGGGCCGCCGACAAAUUUGUGCCCGCCAAGUUGCGCCCACUGUGGAUGCAUCCAGCUGGUCCUAAGACGAUAUUCUUCUGGGCACCCGUGUUCAAAUGGGGACUCGUUGCCGCCGGUCUGAGUGACUUGGCCCGCCCGGCCGACUCGAUCUCCGUGUCUGGAUGUGCCGCCCUGGCCGCCACGGGCAUCAUCUGGUCACGCUACUCGCUGGUGAUCAUACCCAAGAACUACAGCCUGUUCGCCGUGAAUCUCUUCGUGGGCAUCACCCAAGUGGUGCAGUUGGCCCGGGCCUACCACUAUCAUCAGGAGCAGGAGAAGCUGAAGAAGGAGCAGCCGGCGGCGCAGAAUUAGAGACAUAUCGAAUCGAAUACUGGUGCUGUCCCCUAUCUAUAGACUUAGAUCGAAAUGUUAUGUACAUAUUACAAAUCCCACAACGCACAACGUAAACGAAAGGAUUAAGAGGAGCUGUGUUCGCAGAUCCGACAUCUGCGUUUUACAAUCUGUUUACCAUUAUUAUUUAUGGUCAAUUGCCUUAUCGACGUGAUUCGUAUUACUUAAGUUGUAACUGUGGAGGCUUUGCGUAUAGUUUUAUGAAUACGAGAGUUAUUGGACAUUUUGUGAUUGUCAACAAAUAAACCAAUAUAUUGUAAGACUGUAGAAAAUAGUAA